AUGAUGGAUGUGAAAGUGGAGCAGGCUGCAGAGACGGACAGCGAUCAUCCGCCUCCUCUCCAGGUGUUCGCGCUCACGUCCACGCUGCACGGCAUCGCUCACAUCUUCUCCAACGAGAGAGUGACGGCCAGAUGCUGCCUGUGGCUGCUCUUCUUCCUCGGCUCCUUGGGCUUCCUGCUGUACGUCUGUGUGGACCGAGUUCAGUUCUACCUGGACUUUCCGUACGUCACCAAAGUGGAUGAGAUCGUGGCUCCUGCAAUGCUGUUCCCCGCCAUCACCAUCUGCAACCUCAAUGCCUUCCGCUUCAGCAAAGUCACCCGCAACGACCUGUACCACGCAGGGGAGCUGCUAGCGAUGCUCAACUCCAGAUAUGAGAUUCGGGAUGUUCACCUGGUCGAGGAGAGCGUUCUGGAGGCUCUGAAGGUCAAAGCUGACUUCCAGAACUUUAAGCCUCGCCCGUUUAACAUGCUCGAGUUCUAUAAUCGAACAGGCCAUGACAUCAGGGACAUGCUUCUCUCGUGCCACUUCAGGGGGAAACUGUGUCGGCCUGAAGAUUUCAAAGUGGUGUUCACACGUUAUGGGAAGUGCUACACAUUUAACUCGGGUGAGAGCGGUCCGCCGCUGCUCAGUGUGAAGGGUGGGAUGGGGAACGGCCUGGAGCUCAUGCUGGACAUCCAACAAGAUGAAUAUUUACCUGUGUGGGGAGAAACAGAUGAGACGUCUUUUGAAGCAGGAAUCAAAGUUCAGAUUCACAGUCAGUCUGAGCCACCGUUCAUUGAUCAGCUGGGAUUUGGUGUCGCUCCAGGAUUCCAGACCUUUGUGUCCUGCCAAGAGCAGCGGCUGGUGUUCCUGCCACCUCCAUGGGGAAACUGCAAGAUGAAUUCACCGGAUUCAGAGUUCUUCAGCACUUACAGCCUCAGUGCAUGUCGCAUCGACUGCGAGACGCGAUACCUGGUGGAGAACUGCAACUGCCGCAUGGUGCACAUGCCCGGUGACGCCCCGUACUGCAGCCCUGAGCUCUAUAAAGUGUGUGCAGACUCGGCACUUGCGUACCUGGUGGAAAGGGAUAAUGAGUACUGCAUGUGUGAGACUCCAUGUAACACCACACGCUACAGCAAGGAGCUCUCUUUCGUCAAGAUCCCCAGCAAAGCCUCGGCAAAAUACCUCGCCAAGAAAUUCAGCAAGUCUGAGAAGUACAUCACAGACAACAUUCUUGUUCUCGACGUCUUUUUCGAAGCUCUCAACUAUGAGACCAUUGAGCAGAAGAAAGCCUAUGAAGUAGCAGGACUGCUGGGUGAUAUCGGAGGACAGAUGGGACUCUUCAUUGGAGCAAGCAUUCUCACCAUUCUCGAGCUCUUCGAUUAUCUGUAUGAGGUAGCAAAGUACAAGCUGUGUCGCUGCUCGGACAAGAAACAUCAGAACAACAGCAGCGAUCAUGACACGGUGAUGGGACUCAACGAUGUCAAGUGUCAUGUCAGCCAGUUUCAUUAG